CAGCAGAGACCCUGCAGGUCUGUGGUGUGUAAUGAGAUGAGCGGAGGUGUGGUGAGGGAGAGGAAGGAGGUCUCCUGGUGAAGAUAACAGCCGAGGAGCCUCUGAGCCAGAGGAACAUGGCGGCCUCGGCCCUGGACGCCGCUGCCGCUGCCGCUCCGUCCCGCUGACCGACACCUCACCGACAACACCGAGAGACACCCGGGCUGCACGCACCUAUGGCUUCUCAACUCUCAGAGAGGACCCAAUGAUGAUGCAGGUUUACACAGGAUGCUUUGCAUAUGAGGUGCUAAUAUUUGCUGAAGAUGAGUAGUGGGGGGGGAAACACCCCGGAGCCCCCUAGAGGGGGAGAGUCUCUGAAGAGGAAGGACUGUCAGUCAGACCUCUUAGGGCCCAGCCCUAAGAGGAGCACUGAGAGGAGGAACCGGGAGCAGGAGAACAAGUACAUCGAGGAGCUGGCCGAGCUGAUCUUCGCCAACAUCAACGACAUGGACGACCUCAACGUUAAGCCGGACAAAUGUGCCAUCCUCAAAGAGACAGUGAAGCAGAUCAGGCAGAUCAAGGAGCAGGAAAAAGCUCCAGUGGCUGAUGCUGAGGAGGUGCAGAAGGCCGACGUCUCCUCCACAGGACAGGGUGUCAUCGAUAAAGACGCCCUUGGCCCCAUGAUGCUGGAGGCCCUGGACGGCUUCUUUUUCGUGGUCAACAUGGAGGGCAACAUAGUGUUUGUCUCGGAGAAUGUCAGCCAGUAUUUGCGCUGCCAGCAGGAGGAGCUGAUGAACACCAGUGUCUACAGCGUGCUGCAUGUUGGCGAUCACGCCGAGUUUGUCAAGAACCUCCUGCCCAAGAGCCUGGUCAAUCAUCGCAGCACUGAUUCGUCCAACAGGAACAGCCAUACGUUCAACUGUCGUAUGUUGGUCAACCCUCAUGGCGACGGUGAAGGCCGGCCGGCGUCGGAGCAGCAGGACGGGUCAAAGCAGAAGUACGAGACUAUGCAGUGCUUCGCCGUCUCCGAACCCAAGUCUAUCAAGGAAGAGGGGGAAGACUUCCAGUCAUGUCUCAUCUGUGUGGCAAGAAGAGUCCCCGUCAAAGAGAGACCUGUGAUGCCCACGUACGAGAGCUUCACCACGCGGCAGGACCUUCAAGGUAAGAUCACGUCCCUGGACACCAGUCUGCUCCGUGCGUCCAUGAAGCCGGGCUGGGAGGACCUUGUUCGACGCUGCAUUCAGAGGUUCCACCUGCAGAAUGAAAGGGAUAUGUCCUUCGCUAAGAAACACCAGCAAGAUGUGCUGAGGAACGGCCAUGCUCUCAGCCCUCCGUACAGAUUCUCCCUGGCUGACGGCACCAUCGUCUCAGCUUACACGAAGAGCAAGCUGGUCCGGUCUCCAGCCACCAGUGAACCACAGCUCUACAUGUCGCUGCACAUCCUGCAGAGGGAAAACAUGGGUGGCAUAAACACAGACAUAGCUGGCGGCCAGGGCACAGCCAAGGUCAUGACCCCAACCAGUGUGAGUGGUCCCUCCCCUCCCCCCGAUGGCAGUGUCACCAGCAACACGCACGAGUCCACCUCGGCCUCCAGUGCCCCCAGGCGUGGCUUUGUGGCUGUACUGGGUCGGGCGCCCACGCCUCAGGGAAGCAGCCAAGCACUCAAGCUGGACAGCCCUUCAGCCCAGGGAAGCCCCAGCGUCGUGUUAGGGGCCCAGGGGGCCGUGUUGUCUCCUCGUCAUCGCCAGAGCCCCACCAUGGCGGCUAGUAGCAGCUGUAGUAGCCCUCACCUCCAACAUCCCCCUGGUUCUUUCUCUCCUGUUGCCGGACUCCAUUCGCCAGCAUCCGUAUGCAGCAGCACAGGAAAUAGCCAAGGAUUCAACUCCCUUAGUGCACUGCAGGCCCUCAGCCAGGCCCACAGGGUUUCCCAGGGACUCACAGAGGGGCAGCAUCCAGAGUCACCUGACAGAAAGAAGUUUGGCCUUCAGAGCCCUCUUCACAGCAGCACCGGUAGCCAACAAGACCAGAACAAUCCCUUUGUAGAGCCUGGCUUACUGGGAACAUUUGGGGAGCAGCAAGACUUGUUGUCCCCCCCAAACCACGAGGGUGAACGGGAGAAAGAUGGUGACCCUGACAAUUUUGAAGGUAAUGGAAGCUUAGGGGAGCCCGGCAACGCCCCAAAUCGCCCUUUGAACACAAAAGGGCACACUAAGCUGCUCCAGCUUCUCACCACCAAACUAGAGCCCCCUGAUCCUUGCUCAUCGCCCCCCCUGGGGGACGACCAGAACUGUAAGGACCAGCUGGGUGGGAUUGGGGGUGUGGGUGGGACUGGGCAUAACAACCACUCCACAUCCUUAAAGGAGAAACACAAAAUUCUCCACAGGUUGCUGCAGAACAGCACCUCACCCGUGGAGUUGGCUAAACUAACGGCCGAGGCUACCGGAAAAGACCCCAUUGGUCCGGAGUCAGCUUCUGGGGACAACAUGGCUGCCCUGGGGGAACUCUGCGCAAAACAGGAGCCAGGGAGCCCCAAGAAGAAGGACAAUGCAUUGCUGCGCUAUCUGCUGGAUAGGGAUGAUAACGGCCUUCUGGAUAAAGCCAUCAACAUGGAACCCGGGGACGGACCCAAGCUGUCCAACGUUAAGACGGAGAAAGAGGAAGCAGGUUUCAGCAUGGGGGACCAGACCAGCGAGCUGGAGGAGCUGCUGGAGGACCUGCAGGGCGCCAGCCAGCAGCAGCUGUUUGCAGGCCAGCCACCAGUCAGACGACCAGCCUCCUCUUCGUCCUCCUCUUCCUCUGGGCCGCCUGCUUCCUCUGUGGACAAGCAGGGGAUCAUCAGCGACAUCCUGCAGAUGACAGAAGGCAGUAGCAGCCCCCCCAACCAGUCCAGAGCCUUCCCUCCCAUCAGCCCUGCAGCAGGUUUUAAUAGUGCCAGGCCGGGCCAGCCGGGCCGGGGUGCUCCUCCAGUCAGGAGCACCUCUCUGGACAGCAGCAUGGGCCCCAGCCCCGCCGCCGGCAGGCCGUUUCCUCCUCAGCACAGACCCAGCGGCCCCUACACCCUACUGCAGCAGCAACAUCAGCAGCAAGGCAUGAUGGGAACUGGCAUGGCCAACCAGGCUGCCAUGGCCAAUCAAGGCAUGCUGAGUAACGGGUCAAUGCGGGGUUCCAUGCAGCAGGGCUGGGGUCCCCUGGGGCCCAUAGGGGCUACUGCGGGGCCGAUGAUGGGCCAAGGGGUCGGACCAAGUCGAAUGGUACCCAACAUGAACGCUGUGCAGCCCACGAGAGGCCCGCCUGGAUCCAGAGCCAUGGUCAACAUGCAGAUGAUGGGCAACGAGAUGGAGAUGGCCAACUCUGCCUACCCUCAACAACAAGCCCCCCCCACUCAGACUGCACAAUGGGCAAACCAAAUGAUAGCUAUGGAUCACUAUGGAAACCAAAGCAGGCCACCUUAUAGCGUCCCCCAUGAGGAUGGGAUGCGAUGUUGCGGCACAGGGCCUGAGGGCCAGCCAGAUGAAGGAGCCCUGCUGAGCCAGCUGUGCUCAGUGUUGAAGGACUAUGAGGGUCUGGAGGAGAUUGACAAGAUGCUGGGAAUACCGACACUGGCUGGACAGGGUCCUAUGUCAGACCAGGACCAGUACCUCGUCUCCUCGGACCCAGCAGCCAACAUGAAGCCGCUCCUGUACAGUCAACACUACGGGGGCCAGCCAGGUUAUGGCGGCAUGGCUCCUGAUGGUGGGUUCCACGGCCCCUCUAUGAGCGGCCACAUGGGGCCACAGAGGAUGGCGCCCGCUGGUUACCCCCCAAUGAUGAGGAUGCCUGGGAGCUUGGGGCCCAGACCAGUUGGGAUGAGGCCAGGGGGGCCUAAUCCAGGAGUGCCUCAGCCUAACAACCUGAGGCUCCAGCUGCAGCACAGACUCCAGGCCCAGCUGAACCGUCAGCCAAUGGUGAACCAGAUGAGUGGAGUGUCCAAUAUGAAUCUACCUCUAAGGUCUAAUGUACCAAACCAGGGAUCCCUCAACGCCCAGAUGCUGGCCCAGCGUCAGCGUGAGUACCUCAACAACCACCUACGCCAACGCCAGCAGCAGCAGCACGUGCACCAGCAGCGUGCCAUGAUGAUGCGGACUCAGGGUAUCAACAUGCCUCCUAACAUGCCCAGCGGGGGCAGCGCUCCUACACCGAUGCCCAUAGGUGGCACCAACCCACGGCUUCCGCAGGGCAGCCCACAGCAGUUCCCCUACCCGGGCUCCAGCUACGGUACCGGCCUGCCCUCUCCUCCUCCACCUCCUCCUCCUCAUCCCGGCUCCUGCAGCCCCUUCUCCUCCCCUCUUUCCCCUAGCCAUCAUCUGGCUAGCCAGGGCAUGAUGGGAAAUGUAGGCGGGCAGUACAGCGGGGUAAUGAGUCCUCCAUCUCAGCACAAUGCCUACCAGUUCAGCAGUUCAGGAAUGAGCCAGCAGCAGCAACACCAGGAUGCCGUGUCAGGUUUUCCGUGUGGAGUGAUGACCCCGCAUAGCCCCCUGCUGUCCCCCAGGAUUGGGCAGGGUCAAAGUUCGAUGCUGCAACAGAACCAGGGCCAAUCAGGACCCCCAACCCAGCCCCAGGGUCCGAACCAGAGAGGAGAACAGGGCUACCAGCCGAGCAACGGAUGGCCCCAACCUGCCAACAUCUCCUCUAGCAACGGUGUGUACCCCCAACAGUCCCAGUCCCAGUACUCCACGCAGCCCAACGGAGGAAUGUACAACAGCAGCAACAACAACAUGAACCUGGGAGUCAUGGCCAACAAUGGUGGCAACAUGAACCAAAUGUCAAGACCCAUGAGCUCCAUGAAUACAGAGCAGGCGAGAGACGGCAGCCUGAUCCUGGAGCAGCUGGCGGGGAUCGACAUGUUGGCGCAAGAGGGCGAAGCUAAUUCUAAUUUCUGCUGACCCUGGCUGUGGUUGAGACAAGGUAACACAAGAGCUAACACACCCUCACCCUGUCACCUGCUCAGCUCAUCUGACGGAGACGCGUGGAGGAGCGGAGGACAGGUGGAGGAAACCCUGCUCCCUCCGUCACACCGCCCACUCAGGACAGACUGUAGCAGAGAGUGUGUGUGUGUGUGUGUGUACAACUGAAACAUCAGUUUGACACUAGAGGAGUCUAAUGGUUGACAAACAUUAAUGACAUUGUAUCCAUUAUGGUUCUAUUUUAGAGCCUGACUGAAAACGUCAAAUGAGGUUUAUGGAGGUAUUUAUAGUUUUGAAGAAGUUUUGGAGAUACGAUAUCUUUGUACGUCACAAAAAAAAUCAAGGAUAUCUCUCUUUAAGGAAAUCUCUCACAGUGGUUCAUUUUGAUGUUGAUUUUAAAAUUAAUAUAUUUCAACUGCUGUAGUUAUAGGGGAGCUGUAUCCUUAUUUAAUGACUUUUUGAAUGAAGGUGAACCUGUAUAGAUUGUGUACAUAUUUAGAUUUUUAAAGAAAAGCUUUUUUCUCUAUGUGGUAUUGCAAAACAGCAGUUUGGAGUCCAAAAACCAUCUCUCAGAGAGCCGACAUAUUUCAUUGGUUAAAUGAAUCAUUAGUGGGGGGGCUAAAGAACCACUAGUCUACAGGACUUGAAUGGCAAAAUAGAAACUAAAUGCUUCAAUACCAAGAACUUGUUUGUAUAAUAAAAACUAGCUAGGAAACCGCUAACUAUUGCUAUUUAGCUUUUUUCAGUUUGAAAGUUCAGCUAAGCUAACUAGCUAAGUAGCUAACCUAGUGUCAGCAGCUCGAAGCUUUGCAGUUAAAAAACAAAAUGUUACACUUCAUAAUAUUUCUUUUGCUAGAGUUUAGCUCUUGCUUUUGCCUCAGAAUGAAACAUGUUGACAACUAUUGGAUGGAUUGCCAUGGAAUUUGGUACAUACUUUUAUAAUUGCCCUACAUGAAAUGUAAUAUCUUGGACCCCUCUGACCUGGCAUCUAGCGCCAUCAUCAGAUCAGCUUUAUGGGCAUGAAAGUUUCAAUAACUAUGUUUCCAGAGCAUCAAAAUACAAUUUGUUUAAAUAUUUGAGCAGAAGACAAUUAACCGUAAGAUCACAUUACCAUAAUAUUAACAUUGAUUUGAUUUGGCCAAAACUUUUUUACUUGUUUAUGAUUACAUACCUGCCAAACUAAUGACAAUCAUGAGCCUCAGCUGUACUGUUUAUAGUGCUCAUUCACAAAUGUUAGCAUGCUAGCACGCUAAACUAGAUGGGGAGCGCUGUGUGCCUGAGGCUGCUAAGUAUCAGCAUGUUCUCUUCAUUGGGAGCACCAUGUAUGGUCAUGUUAUUCUGACUUUCAGUCCAAAUGGACUUAGUCAGAAACGCUUUGCUCCGCCCACUAAGAUUUAACCAAUGAAAUUAUUUCUGCCUCCAAAGCAGCAUUGCCUCUAAAAAAAAAAAAAUCUGUAUCCAGCCAAUAAAACUCAUGUAGCUGUGAUUCAUUUUCUAAUUCAGCCCUGUCUCUUGAAAUUCCAUUCCCAUACAACUAAAGCACAUUCUCAGUCAUCUUUCGAGGGAAGCGUAUUUUGUAGCAACUCAUCCGGCAAUGGCUUGAAUGUAACGGACGUUCAUUAAUAUCAAGAAGUUAUACUCUGAAGCUUUAAGUUACGUAACAAAAAGACAGAUUUUUUCCCUUGAGCCAUGAGUUUUCCCUCUAUACCUAACCAAUUGGUUUAGUUUUUUAAAUUUACAACCAUUUGUUUGUGAAUUUGCUUGGUCGCAGUGUUCUUUGGCACGGUUGCUGCUGCUAGGUCUAGGCUAGUUCUCUGGGCUUGCCUUAGCACAAAUCAGAUCAAAAUAAAACAAUACAAUCUGUGAAACCAUUGUGAGGUUGUCUUAUCAUACUAUAUUUAAUCUUUGGGCACAGGUUUUUCUAUAUUGUGCAUUAUAUUUUAGGAAAGAACAGUUGUCCCGUGUGCCCUAAGACUAAAUAUAGUAUGAGAAGAAAAAGGCUGUAUCUUAGAAACUGCAAGUAGCACGGUCAAGUAUUUAGUAUCUAUGAAGAUAACAUGUUCAAUAUUAAAGCUAUGUGAAUAUGUAUGCAGUGUAAAAUAAUUCUUGAUAAAAGUGGGAAUUUACACGUGAUCUAAAACCUUUGGAGUUGUGCUGUUAGGUUCUUGGGCAAAAUGGGAGCCAGUGCAGUAGGACAUCCUGGUAUUUUGACAUCCUAUGUAUUUGGGCAUAGCAAAUCUUUUUCUGGCAUAUAGUAUGGUAGUAUGGGUAUUGAAAGGCAGAAUCAUUUCCCUUCUAAACAUAACUGAGAAUGCGUUUUAGUUGUAUGGAUCCUUCAGAGACAGGGCUGUGACGGGGACGUAGUGGCCUGCAGGACUCAGGCUGACAUCAGAAGGGUUUGGGGUGCUGGGUCUGGUUGUGGCUGGAGCUCUGAUCUCUGACUCACGAGACGGUCUCUUCCUGCUCUAUGUGCUGGCCGGGAAUACAAAUUCAAACCAGUCGCACAAGGAUGUUCAAUGACCCAGUAAUAAUGGUACUGAAGAUCAGGUAACCCAGAACCUUUAUCAUCCAAAGCUGCAUGGACCUUUACAGACGGGCCCUGUAGCAGUCAUCAGAAUACGGUGCUCUCUCUUUGCAGUAGGUGCUGUCUCAUUUAAGCUCGGCAUUAAGAACAAAAAUCCCUCCCAGAAAUCUGUUGAUCUUAUUCUGGAACAUAAGAUCCCUUUUCUUCCCAAAAGAAGAAUGUGAAAAUGCAACCCCACUGCAGAAUGAAAGACUGAUAAGAAGGUCUAAUGUUUUCUCUAUUUUAGAACAUGUUGCAUUGAUCCCAUGUUUCCUUCAUGUCAGCUUUCAGAACAGUAAAUUCUACAUGUUGUAAAAUCCCAAAUCCUCUAUGAUAAGAAACCUGGAAGAGAAAAUCGAAGCCGUGGGAAUUCCUGAAUGUCAAAUUCUCUGAUAAAGUUUAAGGCAAUCAAAGCAUAACUCUACAGUAACUCCUAAUGUUUGAAACAAAAGUCAAUUACUUUCUCUUGA